AUGUCGACCGUCCCAGAGAACCCGACCUCUCCCAAUGCCAUCCCCGUCCGUUAUAGCUCGGCAGGUGUCCGUGACGGCGUCCAGCAUCAACCCUCCAAAUCCGUCCUCAAACCUCUCCCAGAAGACACCUGGAUAUCUAAUAAACACUACUCUACACCCCCGUUGAGUCCUCCCUUACCUCUCAUCGACCAGACCAACAAGAUGAGACACUCAAAGAAAAAGUCCACCUCAGAGACCAUUGCCCCCAGGCGGCUGAGCGAAUGGACACCACAGAAAGAGAAGAUCAUCAUGGGUCCCUACGACUACCUCUUUGCCCACCCGGGCAAAGACAUACGUUCCGCCCUGAUCAAAGCCUUCAACGCCUUCCUCAGCGUCCCGCCACGUUCACUCGAGAUCAUAACGAAAGUCGUGGGCAUGCUGCACACUUCAUCUCUGCUGAUCGACGACGUCCAAGACGGCAGCCAACUCCGACGAGGGAUCCCGGUCGCACACAACAUCUUUGGCGUCGCCCAAACGAUCAACAGCGCAAACUAUGUCUACUUCCUGGCGCUCCAGGAACUCCAAAAGCUCGACAACAAGGACGAAGCCAUGGAAAUCUUCACCACAGAACUCCUCAACCUGCACCGCGGCCAGGGGAUGGAUCUGUACUGGCGAGACACCCUCACCUGUCCGACGGAGGACGAUUACCUCGAGAUGGUGCAGAACAAGACGGGGGGCUUGUUUCGCUUAGCAGUCCAGUUGAUGCAAGCUGAGUCUCCCGAGAGAGGUCGCAUCGACUGCGUGCCGCUGGUCAACCUGAUGGGCCUAGUAUUCCAAGUCUGUGAUGACUAUCUAAACCUCUCUUCGGGCACGUAUACAAAAAACAAAGGUCUCUGUGAGGACUUGACGGAGGGGAAAUUCUCGUUUCCGGUCAUCCAUUCGAUACGAAGUAAUCCUGCAAACUUGCAGCUGAUCAACAUCCUCAAGCAAAAGACUACAGACGAGGGCGUCAAGAUGUACGCGGUAAGCUACAUGGAAAGCACCGGAAGUUUCGAGUACACGCGGAAAGUGGUCAAGGAACUGAAGACGAAAGCCGCGGAAUUGAUUACUGAGUUGGACGCGGGCUCGGGUAAGGGCGCUGGAGUGAAGGCCAUCCUGGAUAGAAUCGAUGUGGAUAUCUGA